GGCGGAGCCAGCGGCGGCGGAGGCUGGAGGCUCCCGCGCGGCUCCGGGUCACGGAUCCCAGAUCCCGGCGCGGAGAGAGGUCAUAAGCAGAACCUGGUGAUGUGUGUUCACUGCUGAGUGAUCCCUCUCCCACCCUCACAAACUGUAGUAGGGUCAGCUGGGGGACCUGCCGGGCACAGGCAUGCCAGUGCUGUCCGAAGACUCGGGUUUGCAUGAGACCCUGGCACUGUUGACCUCUCAGCUCAGGCCUGACUCCAACCACAGGGAGGAGAUGGGCUUCCUGAGGGACGUUUUCAGUGAGAAGAGCCUCAGCUAUCUGAUGAAGAUUCACGAGAAACUCCGCUACUAUGAGAGGCAGAGUCCGACGCCAGUUCUGCACAGCGCCAUGGCCCUUGCUGAGGAUGUGAUGGAGGAGCUGCAGGCUGCCUCCGUGCACGGUGACGAGAGGGAGCUGCUGCAGCUGCUGUCCACUCCCCACCUCAGGGCUGUGCUCAUGGUGCACGACACGGUCGCCCAGAAGAAUUUUGAUCCCGUCCUGCCCCCUCUGCCCGAUAAUAUCGAUGAGGAUUUUGAAGAGGAAUCAGUGAAAAUCGUUCGCCUGGUGAAGAAUAAGGAGCCCCUGGGUGCCACUAUCCGGAGGGACGAGCACUCGGGGGCCGUCGUGGUGGCCAGGAUCAUGCGAGGGGGUGCGGCGGAUCGGAGCGGUCUGGUCCACGUUGGUGAUGAGCUCCGAGAGGUGAAUGGCAUUGCCGUCGUGCACAAGCGGCCGGAUGAGAUCAGCCAGAUUCUGGCCCAGUCCCAGGGACCCAUCACCCUCAAGAUCAUCCCUGCCACCCAGGAGGAGGACCGCUUCAAAGAGAGCAAGGUGUUCAUGCGUGCCCUCUUCCACUAUGACCCUCGGGAGGACCGUGCCAUCCCCUGCCAGGAGGCAGGCCUGCCCUUCCAGCGGCGGCAGGUCCUGGAGGUGGUGAGCCAAGGCGACCCCACCUGGUGGCAGGCCAAGAGAGUGGGAGACACCAACCUUCGAGCUGGCCUCAUCCCCUCCAAGCAGUUCCAGGAGAGGCGGCUGAGCUACCGGAGAACCACCGGCACCUUACCAAGCCCCCAGAACUCCAGAAAGCCCCCCUAUGAUCAGCCUUGUGACAAAGAGACCUGUGAUUGUGAAGGGUACUUCAAAGGACACUAUGUGGCUGGUCUUCGGAGAAGCUUCCGGCUGGGCUGCAGGGAGAGGCUGGGUGGUUCGCAGGAAGCAAAGGUGCCCUCGGGGGCUGACUCUCAGGUACUGCUGACCUACGAGGAGGUGGCCAGGUACCAACACCAGCCAGGGGAUCGGCCACGCCUGGUGGUUCUCAUUGGGUCUCUGGGAGCAAAACUCCAUGAGCUGAAGCAAAGGGUGGUGGCCGAGGACCCCCAGCAUUUUGGUGUUGCUGUGCCACACACCACCAGGCCCCGGAAGAGCCACGAGAAAGAAGGGGUGGAGUAUCACUUUGUCUCCAAGCAAGCGUUCGAGGCUGACUUACAGCACAACAGGUUCCUGGAACAUGGUGAAUAUAAGGAGAAUCUCUAUGGGACCAGCCUGGAGGCCAUUCAGGCUGUUCUGGCCAAAAACAAAGUUUGUUUGGUGGAUGUAGAACCAGAAGCACUAAGACAUCUGAGGACCCCCGAGUUUAAGCCCUAUGUUAUAUUUGUGAAGCCUGCAAUCCAGGAGAAAAGGAAGACGCUGCAAGCUUCCCCGGACUCCGAGGACACAGCAACCCCACUUGAUGAACAGCAGCAAGAGAUGGCCGCCUCUGCCGCCUUCAUCGAUCAGCGCUUUGGGCACCUCAUAGACACUGUGCUGGUGAGAGAGGACCUGCAGAGUGUCUGCAGCCAGCUCAGAGCUGUCCUAGAGGCGCUGAGCAAGGACACGUACUGGGUACCCAUCAGCUGGGUGAGGUAACUUCACCCCCAUAGCAUCCAGUCCGGAGGGACCUCAAAGAUCGUAGAGUCCAGCCUCCCUCAGGUACCGUCGAGGAACCCCAAGUGCAGAGAGGAGCCAGGUUUCCCACAGACCGUCGUCAGUUCCCGAGCGUUAGUGGGAAGCCUCGCUUGCCGUUGGCGUUUCUUUGGUCUGUCAUUUGACUGCACCCCUUCCUUCGAGAGCCGGAGUUGAAAGGGGCAAGUCACAGAACACCGUGUCAUUCAUUCAAGUCUCGAGGGCAAGUUGGCCUUGAUUCUUUGUACCAAAGCUACAUAGCCACUGUCUUUUGGGGGUAGUGGUGGUGGAUUUAUAUGGUGAUUUACAGCGAUGUUUCAGCUUUAUUCGAUAGGACACUUCGCCGGUCCAUUUUUGUUGGAAGUUGUUUUACACAGUGGAUCUUCUGUGCAACUGACAACCGUCUGUCUUGCAGCACUGAAAUGUUACCUUUGGGGCGUGGGGGUCGUGCUUGCCUGGUGGUAGAGAAAUUGGUUCCCUGCCUUUGCACAGAGUGUGCAUACGUGAUGUUUUUUUUUCCUGCAAGACAGAGUCAACACGUAACGGCUCACGUGGCUCACUAGGCUCUUCAACAAUGCAGCAGUGCCUUCGGGGACCCUUGAGGAAUGUCAGGCUGCCUGUCCCCUUUCUGAAUCCUCUCCCCACCCCCACCCCCCAUGCUCCUCAAAUCGAGUCCUUGAUGUGUUUGAUUUGUCCUAGUCUAUCAGCUGUCCCCCGUUAUUGCCUUGGUUCUAAACGGUCUCUAUUUUCAGACCGGGCCUCCUGUUGUGCUGGGUUGUGGGGAAUAAGAUGACUCCCAUCUGUCAAAGCUCUGUCUAAGCCACAAUAAAUCAGUCCUGUCAAAAGUA